AUGGGAAGCCGCUGGGGACUGCUGGGCCCGGUUGGGCGGAGGAGAAUGUCUUUUCUCCUGCUGCUGCCUUUGCUCUGCCCGGCGGCGCUCUCCGAGACGAUCCGCUACACUAUUCCGGAGGAGCUGGCCAGGGGCUCCGUAGUGGGGAACCUCGUCAAGGAUCUGGGGCUUCGCGAUUUGCCUACUCGGAACCUGCGGGUUAGUGCUGAGAAGAAAUUCUUUUCAGUGAGCACGGAGAACGGGGAUUUACUUGUGAUCGACCGCAUAGACCGUGAGCAGAUUUGUGGCAAAAAGUCGACGUGUGUUCUGGAAUUCGAAAUGGUUGCUGAAAAGCCUUUGAACUUCUUUCAUAUAGCUGUAGCGAUUCAGGAUAUCAACGACAACCCACCGACCUUCAACCGAAAUAUCACUGAACUGGAAAUUAGUGAGCUGGCCCUAACUGGAGCCACCUUUGCCUUGGAAUCCGCACAAGACUCAGAUGUAGGGGUCAAUUCCCUGCAGCAGUACUACCUCAGCCCUGACCCACACUUCUCUUUGAACCAGAAAGAGAACCCUGAUGGCAGUAGGUACCCAGAACUGGUAGUGAAGGCUCCCCUGGACAGGGAAGAGCAAUCUUGCCAUUAUCUGGUCCUCACCGCUGUGGAUGGGGGUGAGCCUGCCAGAAGCUGCACUACCCAGAUCAGGGUGGUUGUGGUGGAUGCAAAUGAUAAUCCUCCAGUGUUCACCCAGGACACAUACAGGGUCAGUGUUCGAGAGAACCUGCCAGUUGGCUCCUCUGUGCUGAGAGUGGCAGCCACUGACUUGGAUGAGGGCAGCAAUGCUGAGAUCACCUAUGCUUUCAUCAACAUUGGUAAGGCAGUGAGACAACUGUUCAAGCUGAAUAGUAAAACAGGGGAACUCUCCAUUGGUGGAGGACUGGACUUUGAAGAGAGAGAGCACUACAUAAUUGGAGUAGAAGCAAAGGAUGGUGGGCAUCACACAGCACAUUGUAAAAUACAAAUAGAUAUUUUGGAUGAAAAUGACAAUGCUCCUGAUAUAACCCUGGAUUCUGAAUCUAAACAUAUAAGAGAAGAUGUAGAGCUAGGGACUGUUGUUGCCCUGAUCAAAACACAUGAUCUGGAUUCUGGAUUUAAUGGGGAAAUUCUGUGCCAGCUAAGUGGAAGUUUCCCAUUUAAAAUAGUUCAAGAAACAAAAAACACAUACAAGUUGGUGACAGAUGGAGCCCUAGAUAGAGAGCAGACUCCGGAGUACAACAUUACCAUCACAGCCACUGACAAAGGCAAACCACCCCUCUCCUCCAACAGAAGUGUCAUCUUCAACAUAGCUGAUGUCAAUGACAAUGCUCCUAUUUUCCACCAGGCCUCUUAUGUGGUCCACGUGGCAGAAAACAACCCACCCGGUGCCUCCAUAGCGCAGGUCAGCGCCUCCGACCCCGACCUGGGACCCAACGGCCACGUCUCCUACUCCAUCGUGGCCAGCGACCUGGAGCCGCGGGCGCUGUCGUCCUACGUGUCCGUGAACGCGCAGAGCGGGGUGGUGUUCGCGCAGCGCGCCUUCGACCACGAGCAGCUGCGCGCCUUCGAGCUGACGCUGCAGGCUCGCGACCAGGGCUCGCCCGCGCUCGGCGCCAACGUCAGCCUGCGCGUGUUGGUGGACGACCGCAACGACAACGCGCCAAGGGUGCUGUACCCGGCGCUGGGGCCCGACGGCUCCGCGCUCUUCGACACGGUGCCGCGCGCCGCGCAGCCCGGCUACCUGGUCACCAAGGUGGUGGCGGUGGACGCGGACUCGGGACACAACGCCUGGCUGUCGUACCACGUGCUGCAGGCCAGCGAGCCGGGCCUGUUCAGCCUGGGGCUGCGCACGGGCGAGGUGCGCACGGCGCGUGCUUUGGGCGACAGGGACGCGGCGCGCCAGCGCCUGCUGGUCGCGGUGCGCGACGGGGGACAGCCGCCCCUCUCGGCCACCGCCACGCUGCUCCUGGUCUUCGCUGACAGCCUCCAAGAGGCCCUGCCGGACCUCAGCGAACGCCCAGCGCCGUCCGACCCCCAGGCUGAGCUGCAGUUUUACCUGGUGGUGGCCUUGGCCUUGAUCUCCGUGCUCUUCCUCCUGGCCGUGAUUCUGGCGGUUGCCCUGAGCCUGCGACGCUCCUCCAGCCCCGCUGCCUGUAGCUGCUUUCAGACUGAUGGUGUCUGCUCCAAGGCUGGACCUGGGCUUUCCCCCAACUACUGCGAAUGGACUUUGCCCUAUUCCUAUAAUCUGUGUGCUGCCUCACGCUCCUCAAAAGCUGAGUUUAAAUUUCUAGAUAUAAACCCUGAAAAUGCUCCACCACAAGAUCUGCUAUGUAAUGAAGCCUCUUGGUUUGAAAGUACCAGUAAUGACAAUCCCAAAAUGACUUCUGAUUCAGUCCAUUUGCAACAGGUGAGUUACUUCAAAAUCCUUUCCUCCCAUAAAUAUGAUUAA